GCGGCGUGGCAGGACCGGGGCGCGAGAGAGAGGCAUGUCGCGCGGGUGUCGUUGCUGAUGUUCCGGCGGCCGGGAGUGUUGUCUGUCGUUGCCCCGGCGAUGCCGCCAUGCCGGCCCUGCUAGGACUGCUGCUGCUGCUGGCUGCCCUGUCGGCGGGGCUCGAGGUGGAGCUGGAAGAGGCCUGCAUCCGCCGCUGCCCCCUGCAGAACCAGACGGAGGACGCCAGCCCGGACGCGGAGUGCGAGGGCGACUGCAGGAUAGCGCAGUGCUCAAGGGGGUGCCGAAGUUGGCAGCAAGCUCUCUCCUCAACCUGCCAGCAUGUCUGUAAUGGAACACAAGAUCACGUACCUCCUAAGGAGCUGUACUGCAUCAUGGGUUGCAGUGAUGCACUCAGCUGGUACAUCCAGAAACUUGAAGAGGAGAUGGGGCAGCUGCCGGCGCCGGCCCUGGUGGCUGACACGCUCACGCCCACCUCGCUGAGCCUGGAGUGGGACGGCCCGCGCAUCGACAACGUCAGCUACCUGGUGCAGUGGCGCUACAAGGAGCUGGACGGGGGCUGGCAGUACUGCUGCAACCAGAGCUGGGGCCCGGGCUCCACCGUGCUCGUCGAGAACCUGCAGCCCUACACCAAGUACCUGUUCCGGGUGGCCCUGCUGCUGUCGCCGCACCACAGCGACCCGCUGGUGUCGGAGCCCAGCGUCGUGAUCAGCACGCUGCCCCGGGGCGUGCCCACCUCGCCGCCCGUCAUUGUGAGAGCCGCCGCGCUCGACUCGGGGCGCAUAUCUGUCUCCUGGGAGCCGGGGCCCUUCCCCAACGGCCGUGUGUUGUCCUAUGUGUUGCAGAUUAGGGAGCACCCCGAGGGCUACCCCGCCCUCAAGGACAUCACGACCUCGGAUAGCAGCAACUUCUACACGGUGGAGAACUUGCUCCCCGACAGGAACUACUCCAUCUCGGUGGCGAUGACCAACAGCGUGGGCGUGGGUCCGCCGGCGACCAUCCUGGUCUCCACGACACCGGAGACGACGGUGAAAACCAAGUCGAAAGUGGUCCUAGUGCUCGGAACACAGCACAGAGUUCUGAAGCAAGUGACAGAAGUGGAAGCGGAGCCCAUCCCAAUUUAUAACUCGCCCAAAAGUGUGAUAACAGGGGUGGCCAUCCACGUGCGGAAGCAGCUGCUGCUGGUGGCGGACUCGGCCCGCUUCGUGCACCGCGCCUCGCUGCUGGCGGCGUCGUGGCCCCAGACCAUCCUCACGCCGGCGCACGCCAGCUUCUCUCCGCUGGCGCUGAGCGUGGACUGGCUCAACGACCAGCUGUACAUCCUGGGGGAGGUGACCCACCCGGCAGGGCCCGUGUGGCAGGUGGCGCGCUGCGGCCUGGAUGGCCGGGGGCUCACCGUGGCCGUGGCGGGCUUCCUGGCCCGGCCCCUGCACAUGGAGGUCGACCCCUACAACGGGUACCUGUUCUGGGUGGUGCGGGGCAACGGCAAGCGAGGGCUGUACCGCCUCGACCUGGCCGACAUAAGCAACGGGGUGAAGCACGAGGUGACCCCGGACCUGAUUCUGGAGGACCCCCACAUCGGAGCCUUCACCGUCGACCACACGAACUUCCGCCUGCUCGUCGUCAACAACACCCAGAACAACGUCGUCGGCAUCUCCUUCAACGGGAACAAGGUGCUGCAGCUGCGCAACAACACGCAGAAGUCCAUGUUCGAGAACGUGACGUCGCUGGCGGUGUCGGGCGGCCUGUUCUACUGGACGAGCGGCAACCAGCUGCUGAUGGAGGAGUACCUGCAGGACACGGACAGCUACUACCACAUCAUGUUCCCGGAGGUGACAGGCCGGCCCCUGGUGUCGCUGGAGGUGCUGGCGCCGACCGCGCAGCCCAUGCCCGUGCCCGUCAACCCGCCCAAUGGCGUGCAGGCGAUCAUGGGGGCGGAGCUGGCCAAGGUCAGCUGGCAGCAGCCCCACCUGCUGGGCCACCAAGGCAAGGGGGCGUGGCAGAGCUGGUGGUACGAGCUGCAGAUCCGCGACGAGCAGCUCGGGCUCACCAUCUUCCGCAAGGACCUGAACACCACGUCCCUGACGGUGCACGACCUGCGCCCCGACACGGACUACGUGGUGAAGGCGGCCGCCUACACCAGCUCCGGCCGGGGCCCCUGGUCCUCGGAGUUCCGGGGCCGCACGCUGCGCGGCGGGGGCCGGUCGCAGAUCGUGUGGUCGGCCGCCGAGGGCCUCGUGCUGUCCGACGUCACCGGCGAGAGCGUCCAGACACUCAUACACAACUCCGACCUCAAGGAUGACGACGAGGAUUACUACAUUGUCGACAUAACGUGGUUCGAGGAUCAGUUAUUCCUGCUCACCAACACAUCGUGUGUGUACUGGCACAACUUGACAGACCACACCACAGGACAGCUGAGAGACAUCCAGUCCGUUGACAACAUUGCCAUCGACUGGAUUGGGAGGAAGCUCUACCGGUUCAGUCGCAACCAGCUGGUUUUUCGAAGUAAUCUGAAUGGAUCUCAGCGAGAGCGUUUGCCAUUCUUGAUCGGGGCAAGGAAGUUGUAUUUGGAUGCUAUCAAUGCCUUCAUCUACUGGUACACGGAGCACGAUGUCGAGUGCUUACGGCUCAACGGCAAGCAGAAGCACACAUACCACAAGGCAGAGUUCUACUCGGGGAAGCGAGUGAUGGGCCUGACUCUGGACGUGGACCGGCGGAGGCUGUACUGGAUCGUGAGCAGCUACGAGGGAUCCACCCUGUUCCAGGCCUCCACGGCAGAGCUGCUCGGGACCGAGCUCUUCCUCGCUCCCACCAAGGUGGCCAACUUGCAGCACCGCAACAUACAAGGUCCCCUGUGCUACUUCAGCGACCACCUGCUGUGGCUGCAGGACGACCGCAACGCCGUCAUCGGCGACCUGGCCGCCCAGAACACGGCCGUGAUCAGCGGCAUGAGCCUGUCGGGGCUGAGCAUGGUCGCGGUACGGGACCCGGCCCUGCACACCUACCCCGAUGUUGGUCUGCCGAAGGAGGAGAUCAACGUCAGCCCGGAGGCCGUGAACCACUUGUCGGUGAGGAUUGUGGGUUCCUCUCAGAACUUUUCGGUACAAUGGGACCCAGUGAUGAACGUCAACUAUGGCAAGGUGUUCUAUGAAGUGAAGAUCGAGGAGCAGAACCACAAGAAUACCAGCGAUCCAAACGUGACCUCGGUGCCGGAGCUGAGCUACUGGCGGGCGGCGGAGGUGCGGCCCUACUCGUGGCUGGUCGUCACCGUCAGGGCCUUCACCUACUGGGCCACGUCCGUCCCCGUGCGGGCGAACCUGCGCUCGCCCGCCUCCACGCCGUCCCGGCCCCUCAACCCGCGGGUGUUCGUGUCCUACCUGGGCAGUCCGGUCAACAACACCCAGGAAAUAGAAGUGUCAUUCAGAUGGGACCCUCCAGAGUUCUCGAACGGGCUCAUAGAAGGCUACAGCGUACAGUGCUGGUUAAAGUCGCCAGACGGACAGAUGGAGAUGACCGAUGUUUUUCUCUCCAACCCAGACAGCUGUGAAUACGUCAUGCACAACCUCAACAGCAAUGCUGUAUAUUACUUCCAGGUGGCGGCGCACACGAGCAUCGGGCCCGGGCCGGUGACCGGGCAGGUGCAGGCGGACCUGGGCGUGGAGAGGCCCGUGCCGCAGCUGCUGCUGGCGACGGGGGACGCCGUGAAGCUGUCGGACUGGGACAAGCGCCGGCAGCAGGUGCUGUUCCCCAGCAGCACUCCGCCCGUCGACCUUGCCUUCGCGGGGCAGGAGCGCCGCGUCCGCGUCUUCUGGAUCAGCGAGACGCAGGAGCUGUACUCCUCCGAAGUGGGCGGCGCCCGGGCCAAGAUGCUGACCUUGAACAACUCCGGGCUGAGCGUGGCGGUGGACUGGGUGGGCCGCUACGUGUACUGGUCGGAGCUGGACGACCGCGGGGCGGGGUCCUUGGUGUAUCGGCUGGACCUCAGCCAGACGAGGCGGGGCAUCGCGGAGGCUCAGGCCGUCCUCUGGAGGCCGCGUAUCAUCCGCACGCUCCGGCUGUCCCCCUUCACCAGCUCACUGUACUGGAUAGAAUUCAACAAGAUGGGCGUUGGAUACUUAAUGAAGAGCCGGCUGGAUGGAACAAUGAUCCGGCCAUUUUUCUCAGCCGUGAAAGUCAGUAGACGGCGGAGAACACUCCAGGAGCAGGACUGCAACUGCUUGGAGAAUCCCCCAGUUGGCAAGGCAAUGGCCGUUGACCACACCGAUGCAACCAACCCAAUGGUUUUGUGGGUGGAUGGCUUGCAGAAUCAUAUCUAUGUCACGGACGCAAGUGGCUGCACUUGCUCUGUCCUUGUGAACGCCACUGUGAAGACAUAUGAAGGGCUGCCGCCCACGGCGCUGACCACGGACAGGCAGCUGGUGUACUGGUCGAACGCCUCGGAGGCCCGCGUCUACUCCGUGCCCAAGGGCGAGGGGGUCGCGGACGUGAGGGUGCUGGAGGAGGAGGGAGUGCGGCAGAUAACCGCCGUGGGCGCCCACCUGCAGCCGUACCCAGCUGCGGACUGCCUGCGGCCACAGCCCACCCCGGUGGUGGCGUGGCUGGAGAACCACACGGCCCACAGCAUCACGCUGCGGCUGCCCGCGCCGGACGGCGACGAGGGGUGCGGGGAGGUGUCCACGGCGACCACCGAAUACCUGGUGUACUACGGCCUCGUGAGCAAGGACGAGCCCUGGGAUUGCCGCACCAGCCUGGAGGAGUGUAGCACCGUGACAUCAUACACGCAGCUGUUGACGAUAUCUGGUUUGAAACCAUACAGCAGCUACGUCUUCUUCGUUGCACUGAAAAACUAUUACAGUGACCUUCAAGGCAUAUCUCCAAUGAUCGGCCCACAGGUCAUCUUGCAAACUGCACCUGGAGCGCCGUCGAGGCCCCGGGAGGUGGCGGCCGUGGUGCUGAGCCCCAGCACGGUGGAGGUGCGCUGGCUGCCGCCCCAGGAGCUGAACGACUGCGCCGUGUGGCACCAGGUGCACUGGCGCUGCCAGGACGUGGUGGAGGGCGUGAGGCAGAAGGGCGAGCAGGCGGCCAAGGGUCCCGCCGACGACGGCCGUCUGUCCGCCCGCCUGCACCAGAUGCUGCCCGGCCUCUCCUACCUCGUCUGGGUACGGGCCAAUUCACAGAACAGUAAGGAGUUCAGUGAUAGCGAGGAAGUGCCUGUGGUAAUGUUCCCAGAACCAAACAACAUCACUUUGGUUCAUGCAACUCCGUACGGACUCAACAUUUCCUGGCUUCCCAUGCCUGACAUUACUACUAGAUAUGAAAUCAAGUUUUGGGAGGUGGGUUUCGGAGAUUGGCAAGCUCUGUCCGAACCCCCCACCACUUUGACAGAUGACAGAGUGUUUUAUUCUGUUGGUGACCUGCGACCAAAGACUCAGUAUGGGUUCAAGCUCUUCCUCACCUACAUCACAUCGCAAGAGCAGUACGCGUGGCCAAGUGACGGCGGCUUCAUUUUUGAGACUUUAGCGGACAGGCCAAGUCCGCCGGGCCUGCCGAUGGCGCAGCACCUGAGCCGGGACGUGUACCAGGUGACGUGGGAGGCGUCGCGGAGGAACGGGGCCGAUGUGGAGCUGUACAGCCUGGAGGCGCGGACGGAGGACCGGCCGCGGGCCAACGCCUCCGAGCCCCGGGACGGCUGGGUCGUCUGCUACAACGGCACCGACAACUACUGGAUCAUGACGGACCUGAGCCCCAGCCUGAAGUACGUGUUCCGCGCGCAAGCCUACAACAAGCACGGCUGGAGCGAGUGGAGCGCGGAGAGCGAGCCCUUCGACUUCACGGAGGCGUCCAUGCUGGCGGGGCGGCAGGAGCUGGGCAUCGCGCUCGGCAUAUCCAUCCCCAUCGUGGUGACCUUGAUGUGCGUGGUGGGCAUGCUGACCUUCAUGUACGUGUUCCGCCGCAGAGAGAAGCAGGAGAAGGCGCGGCAGGCCCCGGCGGCGCGCGGCCCCGACGUGGAGCUGGCGACGCUGCGCGAGCUGCCUCGCCGAGGCAACUUCGUGCACAACACCAACGCCCUGUACGCGACCGGCGAGGCGCCCACGGUCGAGGACCUGGCGUCGCUGCCCCACAUCCGGCGCGACCAGAUCACGCUCACCCAGUUCCUGGGCAGCGGGGCGUUCGGCGAGGUGUUCGAGGGCGUGGCGCGGCUGCUGCAGCCGGCCGGCGGCGACGUGCGCGUGGCCGUCAAGACCCUGCGCAAGGGGGCGACGGAGCAGGAGAAGGGGGAGUUCCUGAAGGAGGCCCAGCUGAUGAGCCACUUCCACCACGAGCACAUCCUGCAGCUGCUGGGGGUGUGCCUGGACAACGACCCCAACUUCAUCAUCAUGGAGCUGAUGGAGGGCGGAGACCUGCUGAGCUUCCUGCGCUCCAGCCGCCCCCUGCUGUACCCGGGCAACGCGCUCACCCUGCUGGACCUGGUGGCGAUGAGCGUGGACGUGGCCCGAGGCUGCCGCUACCUGGAGGAGCUGCACUUCGUGCACCGCGACCUGGCCUGCCGCAACUGCCUGGUGUCCUCCCCGCAGCCCGGCUCCCGCGUCGUCAAGAUCGGGGACUUCGGCCUGGCCCGCGACAUCUACAAGAACGACUACUACCGGAAGGAGGGCGAGGGACUGCUGCCCGUGCGGUGGAUGAGCCCCGAGUCGCUGGUGGACGGGGUGUUCACGAGCCAGUCGGACGUGUGGGCCUUCGGGGUGCUGGUGUGGGAGAUCAUGACGCUGGGCCAGCAGCCCUACCCCGCACGCUCUAACCUGGAGGUGCUGCACCACGUGCGCAGUGGCGGCCGCCUCAACCGCCCCGCCGGCUGCCCCGAGGACGUGCACCAGCUGAUGCUGCAGUGCUGGAGCUUCAACCCGGAGAGCCGCCCCACCUUCAAGCACUGCCUGGAGGUGCUGGACGGCCUGAAGGGCAAGACGGCGGCCACGGCGCUCCGCCCCGCCCUUAACGGCCACUGCGUCGGCCGGGCGCGCGCUGGUGGCAUUGAUAACUGUGGCUUCUUUGAAGAUGAAAACCACAAUAACAGCUCAGGGGGCUCGUGGAAGACGGACAGCGACGCCGGGACGAGGGAGCGGCAGCCCCCCAAGUACCUGGAGCUGCUGUACGACGACGGCGAUGCAGCGGUGCCGGCGAGCGACGGCUACGAGGUGCCCAGGCCUGCCCCCCUGGCCGACAGUGACUCGUCGUCCCUGCUCGCCGGGGACAGGGGGGGGGCGCGGGGCCGCAGCGGCCUGGCCCCGGCGCCCGGCGAGCAGCCGCUGCUGAGGCCGGACCUCUCGCAGGCUGCCUCCGUCGCGUAGCAGUGGCGGCACACAGCAAUUACUUGCUUCAAGUGGAACAAGGUGAAAACAAACAUUCCAGAAAUGAAGUGCUUACAAAAUGUCAGGGAAAUAUGUCAAAAGUGAACAUUUAAAUACUGUCUGAACAUUGAAUAGGGCGGAAUAACUGGUUGAAACAGUGUGGGGGCGGAAGUGAUCUUAUCUUAUCCUACUGCAACGCACGCAGUUAAUUAUUGUAUAGUUUUUAAUACAUAGUACAAAAUGGUUUAGUUAAUGUUUGUUUGUAUGAAAUAAAAUUUAAUUUUCAUGUUAAGGACAGUAAAUUUUGAUUAUUGUACAGUAACUGUAUUUCUAGUUUUUCGUUGUGACUAUCUGUUGAGACAUCUUGAAGAUGAAGCUUUGCAGGAACCCUGUUGUUAAUUAAAAAUUAUUUAAGUUUACUACUUCCUGAGAGUUAGUGAAAACCUAUUUAUUUUUGCAGAAUACUUAUAUCACAUGCGAGUUAAAUCUCAUGAUGACUUUAUCAUAGAGGUCUCUGGCAUACAAGGACAUGACAGAAAGAAUUAAGAUUCUUAAAGAAUAUUUAUUUUCAUAACUUCCCUUAGGAUACUAGGCUAUAGUCACUAUCUUCAACAAAGCAGUUCUGCGUGCUUCUAAGUGCCAGGAAGUUUCUUCUUAAGACUCGGAUUCACAUACCUGUUGGUUACUUCAUUUUCUUCUUAUUACUACUAUUAUUUAAGGUCAUCUCUGUAAAUUUAUCAUUUUGCCUUUUUUUUUCUCUCCAAAUUUUAUCACCAGAGAUUUUUUAAGUGUUAUUAAUAAGCAGUAACAAAUGAUGCAAGUUUUCAUUAUUAAGAUUACUUCUGUGACUUUUAACAGCUCACAAAAAGGUUUAGUGAGUAUUUAAUGAUUAAAUCUACAAACAAACAACAAAUGCUAGAGAGCUAAGGUGAUGAAUUGGCAGAGUUGCCAUUGAAUCAUAGUAAUGAUAAGAAAAUGAAAUAACCGGCAGUGUGUGAGACUGAGUUUAAUAACUUUGUUUGUCAGGGCAGAAUUGUGAUAUACAUAUUGCUCAUGUAUUGUAUAGCUUUGCUAGAACAAACAAAACAAUUUUUUGAAGUGCAUUUUGAAGACAAUCUACAUGCACUAGCAGCCCUUGUGAUUUGUUUGAUUUGCAGACAACUGCAAAGAGGUGACUGUUCUCUUAAAUGAUCUGUAAAAAAAAGUUAAAAAAUUUUAUGACAAACUUUAAGUUGUGUAAACAAAAUUGCUUAUGUGUUUUCUGGCCAUAAACUUAUUUCCCGGAAAAAUAUGCUCACAAUAAAGUUGCAGAUUGAAUAAUUAGUUUUGAUGUUGGCUUGUUUGGUUGUUAAUGAAAAAUGUUCACUCUGCACUCUAAAACAAAAACAUCAUGUAGUACCUUUUAAUAAAUAAAUAAAAAAUAUAUACAUGUAUAUAUAAAAAUAAGUUAGAAGUUUCUUAGCCACUUUUUUUGAAGGAUUUUUUUUCAUGUUGAGGGAUUUUAUGUACCCUUUCUGUUAUUCACUUCAUAGAUUAUGAAUGAAAUUGUUUAAAAUCAGUUAACCUUGUGUCUUUUUGUGAUUGUCAUCUUUUUAAAAAUGUCUGGUGUUAAAUUUAUUAUAGUAUCUUUUAAGAAUUGUGUUGUUCUAGAGGCAUGUCUGACAUAGCUCUGAGAGAACUUGGAGCAAAAUAGAUAGUCAUUCAUCACCACCACCACCACCACCACCUGAAGGAAUACUGAUGUACUGUUUGAAUUUCUUUAGAAGUUUCAUAGUUGUAGAUAACAAGAAAACUUUGAGUGAGACAACUUUGUGAAUAUUCACUUCACACUUCCCAAUUUUCUCUCCCCAAAACAUGCAAUCUGAAGACAAAACAGCGACGGUGCGUUGGUGCGACGCAAGGAACGCGUAGUGCAGGAAGAGGAUUGCGUGUUCCGAUUGUAAAUAUUGAACGCUUCAGUGCACAUUCCAGACUCCGUGGCCAACCUAGUCAGGACCAGUGGUUUAUUUAUUGCUUGUUGCUAAGUGAAUGUGAUUCAGUGAGUGGCGUGGAGGCACUGCCAUCUGGAUUACAGGUCGCAUGAAGUGUGCCAUUCAUUUGGGCACUUGAGGUUAAAACUGUUACACUUUGUUCUGGUAGUUCUUAGACUUAUUCAUUGAAAAUACUGUAAUAUCAUUGGUUAAAUUUGAUUAUAUUUAUUGAACUUGGAGGUUACUAACUCGUUGCAUACAAAUACAAAAAUUGCUUGCAUAAAAUGUAAAUUUCACAAAUGACUCAUAGGCUGUUUCCAGUGCAGACUUAACCAAAGGAAUGCUACAUUUAGUGAGAAACUUGCGAAAGGAUGUCCGAAUUCUCUCUAUACUAACUAGGCCCGUGUGAAUAUAAAAACAAAUAGUUUAUUAUUCGUAUUCAAUUUGAUUGCUAACACUUAAAAAAACUGAAUAUUCAGUCAUUUACGAAUAUGGGUGUGCGGGAUCUCGAAAAUCUAGAAAAAUUUUGGGUACACAGAUUUACUCAGGGGGCGGGGAAAAAAUUUCUACAUGAUAUAAGUAAUGUUUUAGGGUUUUUUGUGUGGAGUUUUUUUUUCUAACUCUGGCCACAUAAAUCUUGAGAAGGCUAAUACCGUAUAUACUCGUGUAUAGCGCGCCCUUUUUUCCCCUCAAGUAAAGGAAAAAAAUAAGGAUGCGCGCUAUACACGGAAAAAAAAAGUUUGGUGGGGGGGAGGCGGGGAGGAGUGGAAGUCGUUAACUGCCGGGUGACGGGUGACGUUUCUGGCCAGCCCCCACACAUACGCACAAGCAACAAGGCCUCUGUUUCACACACACACACGCACACGCGCGCGCAAGCUCGCACAUCAUGGUCUCUUGUUUAUUUUUAGACCUCCCCCCUUUACAGAAAGCCAGCUCAGAAGCUAGUAAAAAGAGAGAGAGAGAAAGAGAGAAUGUUGUCACCAGUUUCCCCCCCCCCCCCCCCUGGCCAACUUCUUCGCUUCCUCCAUUCCUCACCGGUGAGUCAUCUAGUUCUCCGCGCCAGCUUAGCAACAUAGCGCGGCACGCCUCCCUCCCUCCCUCCCUUUCUUCCUUCCACGUACCAGUUGUGACGAUAUAGCGCUUCAUUAUCUUCCGUUUAGACAGCAGAGUUUAUGUAUUUUCCUGACGCAUCACCACACAUCAAUUUAAAUAAUCAGGUACCACAAAAUGUUAGUAAAAUUUAUUUAUGGGGAAAAAAAUUUUUUUUUUCUUUGGAAUUAGUUGCAAAAAUCGUGGUGCGCGCUAUACACGAGGGCGCGCUAUACACGAGUAAAUACGGUAUUGUAAAGCGGAUUUAACACAGUUAUCAGCUAAAGUAUUUUAUGGAUAAGAGAGUCGGGCAGGUUUUUAAAAAUAGAUCAGAAGUGACAGCAUACUGAUGAGAAUAAAUAUGUGUCCAGUAUAAAUCAAAAACACGGAGUGAGUGAGUGGUGUUCUUAAAGUUGACAGUUUUCAGAUCAGAGGGUGGAAUAUGGCAUGCCAGCUCUGUGAUCAUGUGAUCAGUUUUUCUCGGGGGGGGGGGGGGGGGGGGGGAGAGAAAACUUCUAUCGAUCUCGUGGAAAACAUCUGGUCACAUACAGCAAAGACUCCUAAAGCCUAACAACCUACGACAAUAUUUUUCUGGUGGAUAAUAUACAGUGCACGAUGACUGACAUGACAGGAUGCAGGCGUGCGCUCACGCACUCUCUCACUCACUCCCUCCUAGCGCAGUGGUAGCUCAAGCAGUUACCUUCUACUGCAUGGCCCAAAAAAAAGUUCACACUAAGAGGGGGGGGGGGGGGGGGAAACUUUACCUCUUUUACCAAGCUCACAUACACCGGACAGAAAAAGAGUGGAACAUUGUAAGCACAAAUGUAUUCCUACACUUUAGAUAAAAUAAAACAGACCAAAAUUUUAAUGUCAAUGUUAAUUUAAAUAAUGAUUUAUUUAGAUUUAGACCUACAUCAUAUUUAACUAUAGAUUAAAACUGUUCACUGAACAUUCUUUUAAAACCCACCUACUUGAAGUUUCUUCAAACAUACUGCAAUUGCCUUACAUAUUCGCUUUGCACUGUUUACUAAAAAAAAAUUUUUGCAGAUGCUAUUUUUAAUUUUGUUAAAUAAAUUUUUAUAUUUUCCUUUCAAAAUUUUAAUAGUUUAAAUAAAUCUUACCUAUAGUAAUUGUUGCUAUCUUAACCUAACCAACCUUUCACUUUAGUAUUAUUUUGUUAUUGAUGUAAUUUCCCAGAAACCUUACACUACAAUUUGACUUUUCCUUUCAGUCUUUAUUUAUGAUAUAUGAAAAAAUAUUUUGUGGUAUUCUAAUUCUUGCUAUUCAAAUUUGAUACACGUAUUCAAUUCGAACUAAAAAAAACUGAUAUUCGCACUGGCCUAGUACUAACACAACCUGAUGUAUCAAAAAAUAAAUACAGUGGGACAGUUCUUUGGUUGUGUUUACAGAUUAUUCGCAAUCUGUUUUAAACAUUAUUCAAUUUGUAUGUGUUUCAAGUAAAUAAAUUCACCAUAACAGUCCUGAAAGAAUGUGGACAGCAAUUGGCUGGUUCAACCACUAAUUGUUGUCAUACUUCUACUAGGGAGCGCCAUAUGCUCCUGAAAUGGCAUAAGGAUGCAUGAAUUGAUGCAGUUUUUUCUACAGUAAAAGGCUGCAUCUAUGAUCCUGAAAGGAUCUAUUUGGAACUAUUUGGAAGAUCAAAAAAAAAAUGUCUGCGAUCCUUUAGGCUAAAGGGUCCUUUUAGUAGUAUGGAAACAGCAUAGAGUGACAUUGUUAUAUACGGACAUUCUAGUUUCAAAGAUUAAAAUAAUAUCAUGUAUUUGACAAUAAUGCAUGUCCAAAAAUACUUCUGUUUUUUAUCUUUUGGAAGAGAUAUUAUCUUUAUUAAAUCUUUAUUAAAAAUUUUAUAUUAUCUUUGCCAGCCAAGCUGCUUUAGCAUAGUGAUUGCCUAAAGUGUGACCUCAAUUUGUUUCUGAAGCCACUGCAUUGUGAAUGCACAAGGUAAUUUAUAUAUACUUUGUAAAAUAAAAUAACAUAACAUUUUAA